CGAGAAGGUGACACUAUGUCCAAGUAGAAUCCCUCAAAAGGUAUUUUAAACAUUCAAAAUACAGUACUCUCCUCAGAAAUUUACAGCCGUUCAGCCUUAUUCUUGAACCGUCGGGGUGGAGUUCAACGGGGCCUUUUCUUGCCGGAUGGAGUAUCACUACUUGAUAGGGAGUAACGAGGCGUCGUGACUAUGGACGGUCCCUUCAGUAGUUGAGGCAUCAAGGAUUUUCUCCACUUCCCACGAAAAGGGAUUCACAAAGUUUGCAGGCGCCGAGUGAACACCGACACUACAGCACCGAGCCGAGUACGAAUAUGAUUACUACUACCGUCUUACUCGGUCCCAGUCACUUAAUAGAGUAGUACGUUCGUAGCCCUCCCGUCUGACCCGGAUCGCCGGAUACGUGAGGAAAAAAAAAAAAAAGAGGAUCCCAAGGUCGAUAUCAUGUCAUCAUCGAUCCGGUCGAUCCACGUAUGGGGCCUUUUGAGCCUUAUGGCUAUGGCCCUUAUAGGUUCCCGUUAUUUGAACUAACGCCCUUUUACGUGCAGAUCAUAUAAUCAUAUAAUCGCCUGCCUGGCCGUCACCUUUUACUCGGAUCUACAUUUCACUUGUCUAUUUUCCCUACGAUCUACGGGUCUACUUGACGGGGACCUAAUUCCGUGGACAAUCUCCGAACAACGCCACAUUACGGAGCCUAGACCAAGUAAUUACCUUUUGCAAUUCACACAUCUCAUCUCCAAGCCCAAAGCCCCCCCAAAAAAGCAAGCCCGCAGCAGGCCACCGAGCAGGCCGCCCAAACCCCUCCCCACAGCCAAUCCGACGUCUCGCUGAGAGGGAUCUGCACGGCCGAUGAUCACGGCCGGAGGACCCGUGCUAUGAAGUCAGCGCCCCGGGGUCUGCCUCUCCAUCUCUCCUGCAAAGAUCGGUGUGCUCCUUGCGUGGUCGAUCCGCAUCGAAGGGGGUGACAAAGGGGAAACUAUCAAAAAAAAAGAAACUAGACAAAAAAAGAUACCACACGGGUCAUACAAAGAUUCACGAAAAGAGCUACUAGGUAAGUUGUAUCCUUGUGUCGCCCUCAUUCCCUCCUUCUACUGGUUUACUCGACUCGUUCGUUUGCCUGGUGUACCAUCCCCGCAUUCUUGGCCACAUUCACCGACGAGAGGGAAGAACUGGACGACGAGACGGUCAGAGACAGAGAAAGAUAGAGGAACGAGACGUGGAGAAUUUGAUGACCGGUGACACUGCCUAAGGGUGCCCGAUACAUACCUUUCAAUUCUACCACUUUUCCUCUCUCUCGACUUCCUGGCUGCUCUCGCUGGACCACCGUUUCGAUCUCCAUCUCAAUCUCCAUCCCCUCCCCAUUAUGCGCCUCGAGCCCUCACCAUGAUGAUGAUGGCCGCUCACAUUUCCCCCGCGCAGGCUUCCUCGCGAUCCAGCUCCGUGAGCCAAGAACAAUCGCUCGAUCUCGCCGCUCCGCUAUCGCUAUCCAGCCUUAUCCACACUCGAUCAGCUCGCCGCCGAACGGGCUGUCUCAGCGCGACCGUUGAAGAGCAAUUCCCCAAGCAAAAUUUCUCUCUCGGCCGUCGCGGCUCUAUCCUUAGAAAACUGGCGGGUCCACGAGAGAACGCGAAGAGAUUCCUUCGCCUGCGCUCCGCAGGAGUCCAGCCCCCGACGCCGCCCCCGCAACAGCGCCUCAAUCCCCGCUGUAGCGGCGCCCGCCCCGUUUCCGAAAUCAUCUUUUCCUCAGGACACACGAGAGAGUUCCAACGGUCCUCGGAAGAAGGCGAUAUGCGAUCGGAUUCGUCUUCGAUGGCGACCGACAUUCUGGCCCGGGCGCUGCCCGAGCAUACCACCGUUGUUCCCGAGUUGUCCACCCCGUUUCCCCCGCUUCGAAACGAGAAGAUUGUCGCGACGGGCAGUGGCCUCACGGUGGGCAUUGCCUUGACAGAGCCGGUGCUGUUUCUGCAAGGCUACGAUCAACAUGAUCCCAGUACGAAGAAGUCGGCCAUUCUACGAGGCCAAAUACAUCUCAAAGUGACCAAGUGUGUCAAGAUCAAGAAGAUUUCCAUUUGUUUCCGUGGCCAUGCACAGACGGACUGGCCAGAUGGCAUUCCUCCCAAGAAGAUCCAUUUUCACGAUAAGAAAGAUUUGUUCACACACGGGGUCAUCUACUUCAACCAUGGCGACACGGCGCUCAUGCAAAAUGACUACGGCGCACACUACUACCAGCACGCAAAGCCCGCAUCACCCGUCGCAGGAAAGGAGGCAGUUACCUUGACCACUCGUGAACUAUUUUCAAAGAGCGGCUCGAAUACAUCUCUCGGGUUGAUGACCGCCAAAGAUGCCAAACGCCUCUCAGUACAGACCACCCGAGGCCACUCGCGAAGUUUCAGCAGGAAUGAGCCUCCGGUGAGUACUCAACAUCAGCCUCAGCGCAACUAUCGCAUGUUCCCCGUCGGCGACUACCUCUACAGCUUCGAAUUUCCCAUUGACGGCUCGCUCCCGGAGACUAUCAAGACGGACCUGGGCUUUGUUCGAUAUGAUCUGGAGGCAAUUGUGGAGCGCUCGGGCGCAUUCCGACCAAACCUCCUGGGUACCCUCGAAAUCCCCGUGAUCCGUACACCAGCAGAGGGCUCGCUCGAGCAGGUUGAACCUAUCGCCAUCUCACGCAACUGGGAAGACCAACUCCACUACGACAUUGUGAUUUCCGGCAAAUCCUUCCCACUGGGCUCCCAAAUACCCAUCGCGUUCAAAUUGACGCCACUCGCAAAGGUGGAAUGCCAUCGCAUCAAGGUAUACGUGACGGAGAAUAUCCAACAUUGGACUGCCGACAAAAGUGUGCAUCGACUCCAGCCGGCCAAGAAGGUGCUCUUAUUUGAGAAGCGCGCCGAGUCUGCUAGUACGAGCACUUACCCUGGUAGUUCCAUGCGCAUUACUGCGGGCGGUGGCGUUGACUGGGAUCAUCGUGCGGCUGCGGCGCGAGGAGAGGAGAUUGUGGAUCGUGCUCGGACGAAUUUAUUGGGCAAUUUGAAUACCGACUCUGGCGUUGGUCCAACGGAAAUGGAGUUUAACGUUCAACUGCCGAGUUGCCAUGAGAUGAGGGGACGGGACGAAGCACAACGUUUGCAUUUUGAUACGACCUACGAGAACAUCCAGAUCAAUCAUUGGAUCAAGAUUGUUCUCCGUCUCUCCAAAAUCGACGAGCGCGACCCAACCAAACGCAGACACUUUGAAAUCUCCAUCGACUCACCCUUCCACAUUCUCUCCUGCAAAGCCACCCAAGCAAACAUCUACCUCCCAGCCUAUAGUCGGCCCGCCACGGAGCCAGACCCACCAGCCCAAGAAUUUGAGUGCGGGUGCCCUGGCGCGCCACCAGCAGCACGAGAAUAUACACUGGGUCAGUCCAGCUCCGACCGCGAAGACUCCACCUCGAACCUCCACCGGCCCAACUCCAUCACCCCGGUCUCACGCAGUUUCACAAACGGCUCGGGCGGACUUGCCCGCCCGCCACAGGCCCAUAUCGCUCACGAGCCCAGCAUCGAUCGCGAGGUCCCUCGCCCGAUGCAUCUUGUUCGUGCGCCAUCGUUCGCACCACCUGCGUUCGAGGAUGUGCCCCCGCCCCCACCACUCGUCACUCCACCACCAGAGUACACGAGUAUCGUGGGCAACAAUGACCGCGAGGCCGUGCUGGAGGACUACUUCUCCCGAUUAUCCUUUUACGAAGAGCAGGACGACGAGCGUGGUCUCGGCCGUGUUGAUGUACCUCUUACACCCGGAGGACGGGUAAAUCGCAGCAUGGAUGUGCCACGGGAGUGGGGUAGCGGUGCAGUAUGGUCAUUUGCGCAUCUGACGAUAUCCGAGUCAUGAAAUCACGACUUUGUUUAUAUCAGGAACUGGGAUGGGAUAGGCGAAUUCGUUUUUAGCGAAUUUCUAUAGAUUUGAUCUUCUCUUCCAUUCAUUUUUUGCGGCUUUUGUUAUUUUAUUCAUCUGCGGGAUUUGUCCUCUGGGGAAUGAGGAUGUCAGGCCGGGGUUGGGGGGUUGGAGGAUUAGUAUUUGAUGUUUAUGUUUCCACUCAUGGGUACAAACUGGGAUAUUGUGAUUUGCAUUCUCCUCAUUCUCAAUCUCGUUUUUCGUAUUUGGUUGUUCAUCAGUCAUGAUUUUCUGGUCCAGUGUCAAUGUUCAUGCACGCCAAAGGCGUGAUGGUGUUUGGAGAUACGCCACUUUCUCAUUCUUGAGUCUUCAACUCUCAUCUACAAGGAGUAGCAGGCUUGGAUUGAAAAUUGAAUGGGGGCAUAGCUUGUCGAACUGUGGUGGCGUUGACCUUGGUUCCUUGUCUAUUUACACACAGUUCCGUCUUUGAUUAAUAGCAUGAUAUGACUUUACAUUCCACCCACUUUCUGUCAUUAUCAUUGACUGAUAGU